CUAACAAACAAUAUGACGCUUAUCGGCGGUCAAUGUUUGGUGGUAAGCUAAAUCCUUCUCUGCUUGAUUUGAAGCAUUUGAAUUAUUUUGACCUCAGCUUCAAUAAUUUCUCUGCUUCUCCUAUUCCCUCAUUUCUCGGUUCAAUGAAGAGUUUAACAUCUCUUAAUCUCUCUAAUGCGAGAUUUGUGGGACUCAUUCCUCAUCAACUUGGAAAUCUCUCCAAUUUGCACUAUCUCAAUCUCCAUGAUUAUUGGCUUGAGGAUUUAUAUGUGAAUAACCUUGAAUGGCUUUCUGGUCUUCCUUUGCUACAACAUCUCGAUAUGAGUUAUGUUAAUCUUAGCAAAGCCUCUGAUUGGGUUCAACUCACAAACACACUCCCUUCCUUGUUUGAGUUGCGGUUGUCAUAUUGCCAACUUCGUUCCAUUCCACCGACACCCAGUGUUAACUUUUCAUCUCUCCUCACCCUCGAUCUUUCACAGAACUAUUUUGAAAACACUUUGAUCCCAUCAUGGAUCUUUGGUCUUCGUAAUCUUGUUUCUCUUGAUCUAUCUUCCAAUAUCUUUCAAGGUCCAAUCCCUGUUGAUCUCCAAAACAUGACUUCUCUUAGUCACCUCGAUCUAUUUGAAAACCAAUUCAACUCUUCAAUUCCCAAUUGGUUGUAUAGUUUUAGCCGUUUUGAGUUUCUCAACCUUGCCGACAAUAAUUUGCAGGGUACGAUCUCCAGUGCCAUUGGAAACCUAACAUAUGCCAUUAGUAUUGACUUGUCAUACAAUGAACUUGGAGGAAAGUUGCCAAGAUCGUUGGGUAAUCUCUGUAACUUAAGGGAAAUCAGAUUGUCAUCCAACAAAUGGAGUCAAGAGAUAUCUGAAAUCUUAGAAAGUUUAUCAAGGUGUCUUUCAGAUAGACUAGAGAUCUUAGACUUAACCAAUUCUCAACUUCAUGGUCCAAUUCCAAUGUCUUUAGAAAAUCUUUCAUCUUUGACAAACCUGGACUUUUCACAGAAUCUGUUUAGCAGAACUCUUUCUCAAAAUUUUGGGCAAUUAAAAAAUCUAGUCAGCCUUUCUUUUUGGAAUAAUUCAAUCUCUGGUCCACUCCCACUGUCUUUAGGAAGUCUUUCAUCUCUAACAGACCUGGAUCUUUCAAAUAAUCUAUUCAACGGGACAGUUCCUCAAAAUUUUGGGCAACUUUCCAAGCUAGAUAGUUUGUAUAUUGACUCAAAUAUGUUGGAAGGUAUUGUGUCCAAAUCUCAUUUUUCCAAUUUCACAAGUUUGAAAACAUUUCAUGCAUGUGGAAACCGGCUGACUUUAAAUGUAAGUCACGAUUGGAUUCCUCCUUUUCAAUUGGAGGAUUUAAGCUUGCGAUCAUGGAAUUUAGGGCCAAAAUUUCCUCCAUGGCUUUGUUCACAAAGGAAUCUUCAGUAUUUGGACAUAUCCAACACACAGAUUUCAGAUGUGAUUCCUCCUUCAAUUUGGAACUUGCCCUCUCAAUUCAAUUAUCUAAAUCUUUCCCACAAUCAAAUCAAUGGUGAGAUUCCAAACAAUCCUUCAAUUUUGUCUACUUCUUCAGUGAUUGAUUUAAGUUCAAACCAAUUCAAAGGUUCAUUGCCUUAUAUAUCCUCUAGUGUGAUUGUGCUAGAUCUUUCUCACAAUUCAUUCUCCAAGUCAAUUUCAUCAUUUUUGUGUUUCAAGUCAAAUGACUCCAAAAGCAUAGGAUAUCUCAAUCUUGAAAAAAAUAAUUUAUCAGGAAAAAUUCCUGAUUGUUGGAUGAAGUGGAAUAGCUUGGUAGUCCUAAAUUUGGCAAACAACAAUUUUAGUGGCAACUUUCCAGCAUCCAUUGGAUCUUUGACACGUCUUAAGUCUUUGCACCUAUACAACAAUAAAUUCUCAGGAAACUUACCAUUAUCUCUGAGAAAUUGUGAAAAUUUGGUGACUAUUGAUGUUGCUGAAAAUGAGUUUGUUGGAAGCAUACCUUCAUGGAUAGGACAUAGAUUUUCAAGCUUGAUGAUUCUCAACCUUCGCUCAAAUAAUUUCCAUGGUCACAUACCAAAGGAACUUUGUGCUCUUACCUCACUCCAGAUCUUGGACCUUUCUCAUAAUAAGCUAUCUGGAGGUAUUCCUAGAUGUGUAAAAAAUUUUAGUGCCAUGGCCACAAAAAAUAAUUCAAAUCUUGACAUGAGUUUUAAUCACUCAAAUGAUUAUUACGAUGAAACUUUCCCUCUUGAAAGUGAAUUGCUUGUGAUAAAGGGCAAAACUCUAGAGUAUAGCACCAUUCUCCACAUAGUAAAAUGUAUAGACUUUUCUAAGAACAGUUUAUCAGGAGAGAUCCCUAAAGAAAUGACCAGUCUUCAAGGAUUACAAUCAUUGAAUUUAUCAUAUAAUCUCUUGAUUGGAAGUAUUCCUGAGAAUAUAGGUGCUAUGGGAUCAUUGGAAUCAAUUGAUUUCUCUAUGAACCAACUUUUUGGUCAAAUUCCCUCAAGCAUGUCAAGUUUGACAUUUUUAAAUCAUUUAAACUUGUCAAACAAUAAUUUGACUGGGAAAAUCCCUUUAAGUACUCAACUACAGAGCUUCAAUGCAUCAGGUUUUAUUGGAAACAAACUUUGUGGACUACCACUUUCUAAUAAAUGUACUAUUGAUGAUGUAAACCCUGACAACGAAAACAAAGGGAGUAAACAUAAUGGUGGACUUGAAGUGGAUUGGUUCUUUGUAAGCAUGGCGCUCGGCUUUGUGGUUGGGUUUUGGGGUGUAUGUGGCCCUUUACUAUUGAACAAGCAAUGGAGAAUUAUGUAUUUUAAAUUCCUAGAUCACAUGGGGUACAAGCUUAAGAGUCUUGUUUUGUUGUAA